AUGACUUGUCCCGGGAAGCAGAGCUUUCAAGCGGCGUUGAUCCUCCUGUCAUUCGCCCAGCUGACUGCAGGCCUGAAGUGUGUGUGCCAGCUGUGCGCCAACCACACCUGUGAGACAACCGCAGAUGGCGCCUGCUGGAACUCUGUGAUGUUGAUUGACGGGAAGGAGGAGACAGUAAAGUCCUGCCUGUCGCCCUCCGAGAUGAAGGGCCAGGUCUUCUGCUACAGCUCCCGUAAUGUCUCCAAGAGGAACUGCUGCUUCACUGACUUCUGCAACAAUGAGACUCUGCACCUACACCCAGAGAGGCCUUUGGAAGAACCCAGCUGGAGCAAGCUGCAGCUCGCUGUGGUGAUCCUGGUGCCGUCCUGCCUGCUGUGUGUGGGGAUCCUUCUAGGUGUGUUCGUUGUGCAGGGCCACCACUGUGCCUACAUCCGAGCCCACAAGCAAGACCCAGAGGACCCUCUGGAUGACCAGAUGCUCAUGUCACCUGACAAAUGUCUCAAAGAUCUGAUAUAUGACAUGAGCACCUCGGGCUCUGGAUCAGGUCUGCCACUGCUGGUCCAGAGAACCAUAGCUCGGACCAUUGUCCUGCAGGAGACCAUCGGAAAGGGUCGAUUUGGUGAAGUGUGGCGGGGCAAGUGGCGAGGAGAGGACGUGGCGGUGAAGAUCUUCUCCUCCAGGGACGAGAGGUCCUGGUUCCGUGAAGCAGAGAUUUAUCAGACUAUCAUGCUCAGACAUGAGAACAUCCUGGGAUUCAUUGCUGCUGACAACAAAGAUAAUGGCUCAUGGACUCAGCUCUGGUUGGUGUCAGAGUACCAUGAGCAUGGCUCCCUGUAUGACUACCUGAACAGGUACACAGUUUCGAUGGAAGGCAUGAUCGUCCUGGCUUUGUCAAUAGCCAGUGGGCUGGCACAUCUCCACAUGGAAAUCAUUGGCAUGCAGGGGAAGCCCGCCAUUGCACACAGAGACCUAAAGUCUAAAAAUGUCCUGGUGAAGAAGAACGGUGCAGCAGUCAUCGCAGAUUUGGGAUUGGCUGUGAAACACGACUCCAGCAGCAACACCAUAGACAUACCGUCCAACCACAGAGUGGGAACCAAACGGUACAUGGCCCCAGAAAUCCUGGAUGAGACAAUCAAUAUGAACAGCUUUGAGUCAUUCAAACGGGCGGAUAUCUACUCACUAGGCCUGGUGUUCUGGGAACUGGCCCGAAGAUGCUCUGUUAGGGGACUUCACGAAGAUUUCCAGCUGCCUUAUUACGACCUGGUGCCUUCAGAUCCGUCGGUCGAGGACAUGAGGAAGGUGGUGUGUGAUCAGAAACUCAGACCCAGCAUUCCCAACCAGUGGCAGAGCUGUGAGGCUAUGCGUGUGAUGGGCAAACUGAUGAGAGAGUGUUGGUACACUAACUCUGCUGCUCGACUCACUGCUCUACGGGUCAAGAAAACUGUGUCUCAGCUCUCUGUCAUCAAGGAUGUCAAAGAAUAGUUACAUUUGUUGCCCUACAGUUCAGCACUGGUGCUGGCACUCGUGCAACAAGAGGAACUGGGAGCAAACGGGGAGAAACUGUCGUUUUUAACUGCCUGAGGCUGCCCUCUUCAUGACAAGACCACACAGUUCACCCUCAGAGAGCGUCAUCAGGUUGUUGUUGGUGCCAAAGUAUUGUAGGAGGUGUUUGUGGCUGCUAUGUACACAGACACCCAAUCAACAAAUUUGAACCAAACAGCUAAACUUUAGGUAGGAAGAGCCAUAUGAAAUAAGAACAUGUUUAAUGUAGAUAAUUUUGCUACCUCAAACAUUUAAGUGUCCAAAGCUUGAAGUUGCACAUUGUGAUGUUUUUGUGCCAUAUAUUGUAGCAAACACAGUAUUGCUGGGUAGGUUGCGUGCUAACUGA